AUGUCUUUCAAGAAAAGAGGGGAGGUCUUGAGAACUCCUGACGCCAGAAGACUGCCAAUCAACUCCCCAGUGUCUCAGCGGCUUCCUGGAAUUAGUGGCGGUGCGCAGUUGACUGGCAGAAUGAACAAUUUAUCCAUCCAAGAUGUGUCAAGUCCCAGGGCUGUUGCAUCUAACAUCAAAGCGCCUCAGCUUGAUUCCCGCCAUCCGGGUGUCAGACCCUCGCCGGCAACUUCGCAACCGUCAACUGCAACGGGCUGUCAAGAUCUAGAUAAGGUUCUUGGCCAUAUGGGACUGCCUCUGGGACAAUCGCUUUUGAUCGAAGAACAGAGUGCUACCGAUUUUUCAUCUGUUUUGGUGAAGACUUUUGCAGCUCAGGGAAUUGUUCACAAUCGCACAGAGGGUCCCAAUUCGGUGGAAAAGGGCAACACACAUCUGGUGGUUUUGACGCUGAAUCCAUUUUUCGCCAAAGAACUUCCAGGCAUUUAUCAAGGCUCAAAAAGAGACGUUAAGCGCUCCAAAGUCUCAAGCGCUGAAUCUGAGGUUACAGUUCAAAAUUUGCUGGGGUCAGGGAGCACGGUGGGCAAGUCAGUUACAACUCCUACGAAAGAUCUGAAAAUUGCAUGGAGAUAUGGUUUGAACGACGGUGAUCAGAACAAAAACCUCGCCAAAAAUAAUGAGAUCGACCUCGAAACGUAUCCAGACUACUCACACACAUUCGACAUCACAUCGCGACUUGUGCCGGCGCCCACAUCUGCCGAACUGACUUUAAUAUCACCCAUACAGCCUCUUCCUGCGAUCCUAGCGCAGCUCCAAGCCGUCUUUAAGAAGCACCAAAAUAAGCAGGUGCGGAUUUUGAUGCCAAACCUUUUGCAUCCGGUUGUCUAUCCCCCCAAAUACUCAAGAUUAUCGGAACUUGUGCCUCUUCUGCAUGGAAUCAGAUCUGUGGUCAAACAGAACGCGGACCGUGCUGUUCUAUUAGCCUCUGUUUCUUCUGAUCUCUACUCGAACACCGGCAAUGGCGUACUCACCAUGAUAGAAAACCUUUUUGACUCUACGAUUAACCUUGAACCUUUCCCGCAAGAGAUGGCCCAAUAUUUGGAGCGAGUUUACAAGUCCCAACCCAACAAGAUACAACAUGGACUACUACAUGUGCUCAAGCUGCCUCUCUUGAGUGACAGAGGUGAAAUGCAUAUUCAGAGAUCCGAAUUCGCUUUCAAGAACGGCAAGAAGAAGUUCGAGAUCGAACCUUGGGGCAUACCAGUUGAUGAUUCGGAGGUUCAGGACUCUAAAAAUACGGCUGAAACACCGGAACAUCACCAUCACCAAACUAAAAUGAACCUCGACUUUUGA